UGUAAAAUAUGGACUUUUUUUUUGAUAAUUAAUUCUAAAGAAUCAUAAUAAUGUUGGCUAUAUUAAAUUCUUGUGAUUUCUAAAUUAAUAACUUGAGUGAAGUCAUACUUCAUGAGCGCGUAUUUAUCACUGUGUUAUUAAAAUCAAUGUCUAGCUUAAAAAUAAAUUAAACAGUCUAUAAUUAACAAAGACACUUUUUGAUAUUUAAUCAUUUCUGCCGGCGGCUAUCUUAAUUGAUAAUAGUUGAUAUCUUGAAGGAAUCAUAGGCUGCCUUCAUCAAACUAAGAAAACGUCCUCAGUUGUAAAAAGUUGAAGCCUCGACCAGCUUCAACUGGUCAGAACGACAUUUGCAUCUAAUGUGAAUUCAGUUUCCACUAGUGUUUCUGUGUGAAUACGCAAGCAUGUGCAGCACCUGAGCAUUUAUAACUGUGCAUUUUAAUUAAAAAAAUAAAAACGUACCAGAUAUAGAUGAUCGUUACACCGUGUUAUUUUUAUUGUAUAAAAGUUGUCGUGUUUGGAAUAUUUUUUGGGCGUCAGAAACAACAUCUGUCAUGAAGCCAAACGAGUUGUGUUUGAAAUUGAUCAAACCAUCAACAGCAGGAGUAUUAAUUGCGGCUUCGGGCAUUUGUUUUCUUUUAUUGAAGGCAUACAGUAGAGGAAAAAAGUCACCAGCUGUUAACACAAAUGACAAAAAAGUUCCAGUGAAUGAAAAUAGAUGUGUUUGUUGUCUGAAGGCAUUUUUUAUUACUCAAGGUGUGCAAUGCAACGAUUGUAAAGCAAGAAGCUGUAGGAAAAGUUGUGCUCAUUGGAGUUCAGAAGACAAUUGUUGGAUUUGUCUCUUGUGUCAUCAUCGAAGAACUUAUGUAAAAAGAGGACAAAAUUGGUGUAAAAAAUUUAACGAAGAAACUAACGAAAUUGAUUCUGAAUCGAAUACGAAUUCCAAUACGGCGAAAUAUCAGACUUAUGUUGCAGGAGCCGAGCAUGUUGCUAUUAAUUCCGAACUCGAUCUGGCAACCGGUGGUUAUGAAGACACGAACUCGAUGGAAAAUGUACGUGAGAUUAUCGAAAAAAUAGUCGAGAAUCUCGUCGGAAAUGUCGAUAACACUCCAAUCGAUCGGCUCUAUCUUCACCCGGCAUAUGAUCAGCUUUUUGAGGAGUAUGGUGUACUUUUGGCAAAAACAAUCGCACAUUUGGCUAUGACUUUCCAGAUGGAACACAAAAACAAACCGGCUACAGAUAGUCCAAGUAUGGCACACACUGCACUACGGGAGCUUGUUGAACGUGCAGUUGACGAAGCCCGCAAACUACCGGGACUUGGUGAUACAGUAUCUUCACGAAUACAAGAAAAUACUAGUAUAUCUGAACAGAACUACGAGGAUCUUCUUGCUGCCGCCAUAAUAAAUAAAGUUAUUGAAAAAUGCCAAAAAGAAAAUAUUGAUGGUAAUGGUAAUGUCCUUGAUGACAAAUCUUGCAGGUUCAUCAAAGAUAAAUCUAAAAUGGACUUGGAUGAUGAAGUAGAUGAUGAUAGCAGUAGUAUUGAACCACCAUCCCUAGAAGACAGUCUUGAUGGAAGUGAAAUGAAAAUACACCGUCGUACACGUGUUCAGGACCCUUUAUCUUAUACGAUUGAAGAACAAAUUGAAGAAAUCACAACAGUUUAUACAUCAGAUGAAGAUCCGGGAACGCUAAAGACAAAUCUCCUUAAUUUCCGGAAUGCUAAGCGCGUGCCAUUUCCGGAGUUUGGAAUGGAUAUUGUUGACCCUUCACAAGAGUCAUCAGAAGAAAGCCAAGAUGAGGUGGAUGAAGCGGCGCAUGUGGAUCACAUCACACCUGUUGAAUCCUGGGAGGAAAACUGGCUCUUCCAAAAGAAAAAAAUUCCAAUUAAAUCUGAACCAGUUGCCAUGCUUGUACCAAACCCUAGUGCAGAAUAUCGAGCAUUGAUUGGUGACAAGGAUGCUGAAGACACAUCAGAUUUAUCCGAAUUUUCUGCUCAGUCUGAUGAAGAAGGGGAUGAUGAAUUAAUACAAGCCAUAAAUCAAGUUAUACCAGAGUCAUCGAAUGCCAAAGAAGACCAUCAAGAUUUUCUCUCUGAACAGAAAAGCAAAUCUGAACCUGUUAAUAUUAAUGAUGAUUUCAAUACUGCAACAUUGCCAAUAAAAUCAAGUUCUGAUGAAACUAAAAAAGACUUGAAUGGUAAAGAAAGUCUUUCAGUCACAAAAAGUGUAAAUGAAAAAGAAAGCAUACAAGAAAUUGAUGCCGAAGGUAACAAGCAAGUGAAUGAUGAUCAUAAAUUAAUAAAUAAUCAUGUAAAAUCAAUGAAAACAGAAAAUCAACCGACUCGUGAUGCUGAAGAAACAAUGAAAACUGAAAUAUUACCUAAAACUCCAACACCAACUCCAGUGAGGAAUUCAUUAUGUGAUAAUGAUCAAUCAUCAACGUCUUGUGAUUUUCAAAAACUAAAUAAAAAACUUGGUUCAAUUGAUACUCAUAUAAACGAAGAAACGUCUGAUAUUGAAGAAGAAUUUUUCUCAGCACCAGAGAACCAGUCAGAGAAGAUUAAAAAUAAGGAAAUAGACAUAGAAAAGUUUAUAAUCAAUGAAAGACACGAGACAGAAGAAAAUAUGAAACCAAUGAUGCCUGAUGACAGAAGGUGCAAAGCAGCUAAUGCACAUGCUGCUGCUGCUGAAGGAAUAUCUAAAUCGCUUAACCACAAAAAUACACAUGACGAUAACCUUGGACUGUCAGCCCCGCCACGACCAGGUACCAUUGCAGAACGUGAGCAUAAAAAAUGGGAAAAUGCUCCUCCAAUCCAAAAUAAUCCUUAUAGUCAAGAAAAUAUACAAAAAAGACUUCUAGAACGUCAAUAUGCCAGCAGACCUGCUGAUGUUGGAAAUCCGACUGUUCUACCGUCCAGUCCCAGUCCUCCAUUGCAAAUAGUUCUAGGAGCUAAUCGGCCAGACAUCAAAAGAUUCGGAAGAGAUUAUUAUAUCAACGAUUCAAAAUCAUCGAAUGGUGAAAGGCAACUCCGAUCUGGCGCAUCGAAUUCAAGCAGACCCAGCAGUUCUUUGUCUCAUCGUUCAAGUUCGACUAGCAGUGAUUUCGAACAGCAGGAGUCCUUCGAGCCUAUCGAAGCAGCAACGAAAUCACUGGAAUUGAUGCAGAAUAAUAAAUUCCUGGAGCGUGAAAGGAAAAAUAGCAAAAAUGAAAUUAAUGCUAAACUCAAUAAACAAGGGAAUUUUGAUAAUAUAUCUACAAUUAUUGGGACAAAAAAUUCUCUUACUGAUGAUAAUCAACGUAAAAUAAGACCUAUUGACUUAAAGGCUUAUGUGUUUGAGAAUGAAUUUAAUAAUAAUAGAGAUUUUAAAAAAAGUCAUCAGCGAAUUCCUAAUAAAUUAGAUUUACGAUUAUUCGGCUAUGACUCUGGACUAAGAAGAGCACAAUCAAAUAAUCAAUUAGAUAGUAAAGUAAAUAAUAGUUUUGUAAAUGUAAAAACGAAUAUUGAACAAAUAGAUGAUAAGUCAAACUUAUUGCAACGCUUUGAAAAAGUUGAUGAUUAUAAUUGGAAUAAAAGUACAGAAAAUUUAAGUGAAGAAAAGAAAAAUAUUUUUGACAAAUUUAAUCCAAUUACGUCAGCCAAGUCUGUUCCAAACAUUUCAAAAAUUGGUGGCUACUGUUAUGAUAAUGAUAAGAAACUUUUAUCACCACCAAGUGAUGAAGGCGAUAACAAACUAAAGCAAGAUAAUGACGAAAUAUACAAUAAAAAAAAUUCUAAAAUGUCAUGUGUAAAUGAAUUAAUUAAUGAAGAAAUAAAUAACUCUUCAAAUAAUGUUAAUAAUUAUGAGUCAGAUUCUCAAAGUUCUAAAGCAGAGUCUGAAGAGUUCUCGAAAAAAUUUUCAUCUUCAAAAGAAUUUAAAUACUCUCUAAAAACACCAGAAGAACCCAAUAAAUUUGCUGACAAACAAUUACCGAUGCCUUCAGUCAGAAAAUUAGCUCAAGCAUUUAAUAAUACACCAAAAGCUGCAUCUCCACCAAGGGUUUCUAAGACGAUAAAUAUCAAUAAAGAUCGACCUAAAACUCCAGAAGUUCAUAUCAUCAGAACUCCACGACAAAUGCAUAGUUUAACAGCUAGAUCACUUUCUAAAGAAUUUCGAGAAGGUUUACGACAAAUUUCUAAUAAGCCUAGUGCACCAGUGAGUACGAUUAUAGAACAAAGUAAAAUACCAGCUGGUACGAUAGAAUCAAAUACAAUAUAUAGCGAAAAACCAAGUGACAUUGGGGUAAUUGCACCGGGCAAGCUGAAGAAUGACAUACAAUUCUGGGAACAACUUCAGAAGAAACAUUAAAAAACAAAUCAUUAGCAUUAGUGGAUAUAAGUAGUGAUAAUAACAAUCCUAAUAUUAAUAAUAAAAGAUUGGCUCAAUAUCUAAGUAAACUUAACUUUUGUAUAGUUCUGUGUAACAAAUGCCUUAUAUAUUAUUUUAUUAAAUUAAAUCCAAUAUAUUCGAUUUUUUAUUGUAUUAAAUUAAUCACAGUUAAUAUAUCAAAUUAAUUUUAAAGUUAUCUCAGCCAUUAUAUUAAUGUAUAUUUUUAUUACAAGAAAGAAGCUUUAAAAUCGAUUUGAUAUCUAUGAUAGAUUUAGGUGAAUGACAAAAAAAUGGAUGCAGAAGAUUCAUAAGAAAUUGCACACAAUGAAAACUGCCAUAAACUAGUAUUAAAUAUAAUAAUAAAUUAUAAAAAAUUCCUCUUAUUAAAUUCGAAGUUAAAAUAUUGGUAACAAUGAUAACUUAAAAAGGUCGUGCCAAAGGACAUAAAUGUGUUAUUUUCCAAAGAAAUUAAUAAAAUAUUUUUAAAUAAAAAACUUUUUUUGAAAUAUAAAAUACAAUAAAUUAUGUAAAAUUUUUUAUUUCCAAAUAUUGACAUAUAAAGUUCAAAAAAUCGUGUAAUAAUUUUAAUUU